AUUCUAAAUUUCUAAUCCACUCAGCAAAGAAGCAACACACGGUGUGUGUGAAAUGGAUCAAUUGAAGCCAAGUGCUGCAAACUCCAGUCCUCUCACUCCUCUGGGCUUCCUAGAGAGAGCUGCUACAGUAUACGGCGAGUGCACAUCCAUCGUGUACAACGAAAAAACUUACACGUGGUCGGAAACCCACCGUCGAUGCCUCCGAGUCGCUUCAUCAAUCUCAUCGCUCGGCAUCACAAGAGGCCACGUGGUCUCGGUGCUGGCCCCCAAUGUCCCCGCCAUGUACGAGCUCCACUUCGCCGUGCCCAUGGCCGGAGCGAUCCUGAACACCGUCAACACCCGCCUCGACGCCCGCACCGUCUCCAUACUCCUCCGCCACAGCGAAUCAAAGCUCAUCUUCGUCGAUUAUCUCUCAACCUCUCUAGUUCUAGAAGCACUCUGCCUCUUCCCACCAAACAUCAACCGUCCUACUCUCGUCCUCAUCACGGACAAUGAAGCUUCAUCACAACCCACCGACGAUUUUCAUACUACUUACGAGGGUUUGGUUGAUGGAGGUGAUCCAGAGUUCAACUGGAUCCGACCCAAAAGCGAGUGGGACCCAAUUGCGUUGAAUUACACAUCGGGCACCACCUCGUCUCCGAAGGGAGUGGUUCAUUGCCACCGUGGGAUUUUCAUCGUGGCCGUCAAUACAUUGAUCGAAUGGUCCGUUCCCAAGCAAGUGGUGUACUUGUGGACCCUACCCAUGUUCCACGCAAAUGGAUGGAGCUUCCCGUGGGGAAUCGCCGCCGUGGGCGGCACUAACAUCUGCCUCCGCAAAUUCGACGCUCCGCUCAUCUACGACGCGUUACGGCGGCACAAUGUGACCCACAUGUGCGGAGCUCCUGUUGUGCUGAACAUGUUGUCCAACUCCCCCGACGGCGAGCCUCUGAAAAACCCGGUUCACAUCCUCACCGCCGGAGCGCCACCGCCUGCGUCGGUGCUACUUCGGACCGAGUCGUUGGGUUUUGUAGUUACUCACGCUUACGGUUUGACGGAAACAGGCGGAUCAGUGGUGUCGUGCGAAUGGAAGCCGCAGUGGAAUCGGCUUCCGGCGACGGAGAGGGCGAGGCUGAAGGCGAGACAGGGAGUGAGGGCACUCGGGAUGAGUGAGUUGGACGUGAUAGAUCCCGAGUCAGGAGCGAGUGUGACUCGGGACGGGUCAACAGUGGGUGAGAUUGUGUUAAGUGGUGGGUGUAUCAUGCUGGGUUAUCUCAAAGACCCAGAAGGGACGUCCAAAUCGAUGGGAAACAAUGGUUGGUUCUAUACCGGAGAUGUGGGAGUGAUGCACCCAGAUGGGUAUAUAGAAAUCAAAGACCGAUCGAAGGAUGUAAUCAUCAGCGGCGGCGAGAAUGUGAGCAGCGUGGAGGUGGAAUCGGUUCUGUAUACGCACCCGACGGUUAGUGAGGCGGCUGUGGUGGCGCGACCGGACGAAUUCUGGGGCGAGACGCCGUGUGCUUUCAUAAGCCUGAAGGCGGAGACGACGGCUACGAAGAAGCCGACGGAGAAGGAGGUGAUGGAGUUCUGCAGGGCGAGAUUGCCGCACUACAUGGUGCCAAAAACGGUGGUGUUGAAGGAGGAGCUUCCAAAGACGUCCACCGGCAAGAUUAAGAAGUUCGUACUGAGAGAGAUCGCCAAGAAAAUGGGAUCGUCGAGGACGAGUCGUAUGUAGGAAACUGAGCUGAGUUGAGUCGAGUCGAGUCGACUCGUCACAGAGUUAUUUAUGUAUCAGUGGGAGAGAGUGGAGUCACCGAAUAAAAUUGGGAUAAGUGGUAAAAUUAAAUAUAAAAUUAAAUUGAUAUUGUUUAAUUUUUGUUUUUGGACAUAUAUUUUAAAUGUUAACUCUUGUUUUGACAUGUGUUUUAAAUUUUUUAAGUCAUAUCAGCAAUAGGAUAAAAUUCAUCCAAAUUGGAUUGGCCUAAGUAUUGUUUAAAUAUAUAUAUAUAUAUAUAUAGAAAAACCUAAUUGAGUAGCAGUUAGUUGAGAUCAAAGAGGAAUUGUGUCUAAUCAAACCGUAUUGAGGUGAAUCGAUUAUAUUCAAUUCGGUUACCUCAAUCUCUAAUGGUCAUAUUUUAAUUUUUUUUAUUAUUUUUUUCCUAUCUAAUUGAUUUUUAAAUAUAUGUACAUACAUUUAUGUUUAUGAAAACGGUUUUAGCGUUUUCAAUUUGUCAAUAUGUGUUUUUCCUUUUUUUUUUAAAAAAAAAUCAUUUUUCAAUUUAAUAUUAUGUGCAUACAUUUAUGCUUGUUAAAAGGGUUUUAGGACUUUCAAUUUGUCAAUAUAUAUAUUUGAAAAAAUCUAUUUUAAUUCAAACCGAAAAUAAAACCGUAAUAUUUACAUAUAUUUAUGUGAAAAGGAUUUUAGAUCUAUAUAUAUAUAUAUGAUGUAGUAUACUCCUAUAAUUUGUUCAGAAUCUUCAGACUCGAUGUUCUGUGUCUUUUACACAUGGAUGCUGCUUUUCCUACCACUUUUUUGCAACUUUAUUUAUUAUUUUUUUUAUUUUUAUUUUUAUUUUUUUUUUGUCUAAUAAGCAUAUAAUAUGGAGAAUUCUUUUUCUACCCCAUAAUCCAUAUAGCAUAAUGCAUGGCCCCAUGUAUAAACAUUAUUAUGUUUUUUGCUUCACCAUGUUUUUAAUGCAUAUAUGUCUUUAUCUUGUGUGGCCCCCACAUCUAGCAGUAUUGAGUUGUUUCAUUGUCAUGCGUUUGUUUUCAACACAAUCCCAAAAUGAGAUUUUGUAGGUUUUUUUGACUUCUGUUUUGUUAAUUUUAGGUGCAGAAAAUACCGAUGGAGGAUUUAAGAGAAUCUUUGUUGAUGAAGACGUAUUAGAAAUGAUUGAAGUUAAUCGAAACUCUGAUGUCAUUAAAUUGUUUGUUUGUACACAAAUAUCCUCGGAGAUGACUUUCUAAUGGGCUGUUGAUAAGUUGGUUAUUAAUGCAGUUAUGUUGUUUUUAGUUAUGUUAUUUUUGUGGGCAUCGAAUUGAUACGUUGAAUUUAGAAUUGAAAAAAUUUAAUUUAAAAUUUGUACUAAAAUUCUUUGAA